UUUAGAAUAAUGGCAAAAAGAUCUGAAUUGGAGAAAGUUCGAGAAAAAACUGAAGAAUUCAAAGAUGCAUUUCAGGUUUUUGAUAAAAACGGAGAUGGGUUUAUUUCCUCCGAUGAACUAAAUGAGAUCUUGGCAAGCUAUGGAAGUUCUAAGCUGACUAAUGAGGAAGUAGAAGAUAUGAUCCUUGAAGUAGACCAGGGACCAGAAUUAAUGAAAAGCUAGAAGAAACUGAACCCAGCAGACAAAGCUCAACCACUUCAAGAUCUUGCGCGCCGGAAGAGAAGUGAUUAAACUAUGUCUACUGGGUUCAACCAUAUAUCGCUAUUCAUUUAUUCUGGUCCUGCAGGAUAAAGAUGGGAAACUAGAUUUCCACGAGCUGAUAAAGAUGUUUACCGGAGCUAACACCAUCCACGAAGCUCUCACAGGACAAACUGAGGAAAAUCUGGCUGCUCCUGACCAGAAAACAGCUGCAAUAAGUGGGAAUGUUGCUGCUCCAACUUCAAUAGCAAAAACUAGUCGGGAUGUAAAUACCAAAGAGAAAGCAACUGAAAACAUCGCAAAUGCAGCAUUUAAGAUUUUUGACAAGAAUGGGGACGGAUUGGUCUCUGUAGACGAAUUGAAACAGAUUUUAACAAAAUUUGGAAGUUUCAAGAUGACAGAUGACGAGAUUACUGAACUCUUGGAUAUAGUUGAUAAAGAUGCAAAUGGAAUGGUUGAUUAUAUAGAGUUGAUAAAGAUGUUUGAAGAUGAGGAUGAUCCAAAGCCUCCUACCAAACCAGAAAUUGAGGAUAUUCCAGACGAUCUUCUAGACUUAAUAAACGAAGAUGAUUUUGUUGCAGCAGUAUCUGAAGAUAUUGACGAGGCAGCUAGUCUUGUAAAUGAAUUAGAUCUCCUAGAGGAAGAACUUGCUAAAUAAUCUUAAAGGAUCUGUAAGCGUACUUAUGAUUAGAAAUUCAGAGUUUGUGGCAAAGGAUCAAUUUCUUUAAAAUUUAGUAAGCAUAUUUUCCAAAAUAUUUCCAUUAUGUGUCCGAAAAAUUGGAGAAAUUUUGCGAAUUUUG